GGCCAAGGGUCCAUCUGUCGAUCAGCCAGGUGUGCAUUGGCCAGGUGUCCAUCUGUCCAUCAGCCAGGUGUCCAUCUGUCCAUCAGUCAGGUGUGCAUUGGACCAGCUGUCCAUCUGUCCAUCAGCCCAGGUGUCCAUCGGGCCAGGUGUCCAUCUGUCCAUCAGCCAGAUGUCCAUCUGUCCAUCAGCCCAGGUGUCCAUCAGCUCAGGUGUCCAUCUGUCCAGGUGUGCAUUGGACCAGGUGUCCAUCAGCCCAAAUGUCCAUCUGUCCAUCAGCCAGGUGUGCAUGGGCCAAGUGUCCAUCUGUCCAUCAGCCAGGUGUCCAUCUGUCCAUCAGUCAGGUGUGCAUUGGACCAGCUGUCCAUCUGUCCAUCAGCCCAGGUGUCCAUCGGGCCAGGUGUCCAUCAGCCCAAAUGUCCAUCUGUCCAUCAGCCAGGUGUCCAUCUGUCCAGCUGCCAAUCAGCCCAGGUGUCCAUCAGCCAGGUGUGCAUUGGACCAGCUGUCCAUCAGCCCAGCUGUCCGUCUGUCCCUCAGCCAGGUGUCCAUUGAGCCAAGUGUCCAUCUGUCCACGUGUCCAUCAGUCCAUCACACCAGAUAUCCAUCUGUCUAUCGGCCCAUCACCCCAGCUGUCAAUCACCCCAGCUGUCAAUCAGCCCAGCUGUCCGUCUGUCCACCUGUCCCUCAGCCAGGUGUCCAUUGGGCCAAGUGUCCAUCUGUCCAGGUGUCCAUCACCCCAGCUGUCAAUCAGGCCAGGUGUCCAUCAGCCAGGUGUUCAUCUGUCAAUCAGCCCAGCUGUCAAUCAGGCCAGGUGUCCAUCAGCCAGGUGUUCAUCUGUCCAUCACUCCAGCUGUCAAUCAGCCCAGCUGUCAAUCAGCCCAGCUGUCCAUCUGUCCCUCAGCCAGCUGUCCAAUGGGCCGAGUGUCCAUCUGUCCAGGUGUCCAUCAGCCCAAGCAUCCAUCUGUCAAUCAGCCCAGCUGUCCAUCACCCCAGCCGUCAAUCACCCCAGCCGUCCAUCUGUCCAUCUGUCCAUCAGGACGGACACCCCGGCCUCGUUGCCACAGCCCACCCGCCCCAUUCUCGGCCGAUUUCGGCCAUUUUGGGCCAAAAGGAGCCGUUCCCCGCCCCGGCCGCGCCGCGCUCACUGCCCGGCCCCCGGCGCGCCCUCGCCGCCCCCCGGGGGGCGUUGACCCUGCCGGGCGCCGGGCCGGCCGCGACGGUGACGGCGUUGACGUUGGCCAACACGCCCACCCCGCUGGGCGCCACGGGCAGGGCGUUGGCCCCGCCGAUGUUGGCCAACACGUUGACCCCGUUGGGCACCACGUUGACCCCACUGGCCACGGUGUUGACCCCGUUGGUCACUGCAGUGACCCCAGCGGCCACCACACUGACCCCGUUGGGCGCCACGUUGACGCUGGCCACCGCGCUGACCCCGUUGGCCAACGUGUUGACCCCACUGGCCGCGUUGACCCCGUUGGGUGCCGUGUUGACGCUGGCCACCACGUUGACCCCGUUGGCCACGGCGUUGACCCCGUUGG